AUGUUACAGCUUGAGGAGGAUUCGGCGAGGACGAAGGUUCCAUCGUCUGCCAUUGAUAAGCUGAUUGAGGAGAAUGAGAGGUCCUCAGGGAAGAUUUCAGACCUCCAUAUAGAACUUGCCGCCGUGAAGCAAUCAUUGUCAGGUGCCAUUGAAGAACUGAAGAAAAAGGAGAGGUACAUUGAAUCCUUGAAGAUUGAACUUGGAAAGGCUAAAGAGUUAGAGGUUAAAUCUGUAGAGAAAGAAGCUUCAUUUUGUAAGUUGAAAAAAGAGUUGAAGAAGGUGCAAUCCUUUGAGUCUGAAGCAAUGGGUUUAGUGUCAGAAGGUAAGAAGAGAAUUCAUGAACUGGAAGAAGAAAUCAAGAGAAGGAAGGAAUCUGGAAAGAAGAUACAUGAUUCAUAUGUUGCUCAAACCAAAGAGUUUGAGCGAACAAAGGUUUCACUUGAAGAGUCAAGGCACGUAAUCACGUCUUUCCAUGAAAACCUUGAGAAAAUGGAAGGUAAUUCAUCCGAGGCUGCAUCCCAGAGUUCUGUUGAGGAUGACCAUUCUUUGAUGGAUGGCUCUGAAUCCGAGCUUCAAUCGAAUAAAGAGAGUCUGGUUCGUGCUCAGGAGAAAGAGAGAGCUGCUUUAUUGAAGGCCAAUAUUCUAAUUCAGGAGGUAAACUUGUUAAAAUAUGAACUGAAAUCUACCAGAGAAGCUGAUGAAAACAACCUAAAAGCCAUGGAUGAUUUAGCGUUCGCAUUGAAAGAAGUGAGAAUGGAAGCAAAUGAAGCCAAGGAGGAACUCUCGGUAACAAAAUACGAGCUGGAGAAAUCAAGAGAGGAGUUGGAACUUUUGAAGAUGAUGUUGACUAACAUUCAGCUCUUGUAUAAUGAAGCAAAGGGUGAAGCUGAUGUAUUCAAAAACACUUCUGAGAGAUUAAAAUUAGAAGCUGAAGAAAGUCAUAUGGCAUGGAAUAUGAAAGAGACAGGCUUUGUGGAUUGCAUUAAAAAACUGGAAGACGAAAGGAAUGCUGCACAAGAAGAGAAUAAAAGCCUGCUUGAAUCACUUAAAGAGGCUCAAAACAUGUACAGGAAGACCAUGGAAGAGAAUCAGAAAUUUCGGGGCAGCAAGAAACAAGCCAAAAAUGAAGCCAAUUAUGUAAGCAAAGCAGUCUCAAACAAAAAAUAUGAAGCUUUGAGUUUUCAUUCCCAAGGGAAUGAAAAACCUAAGAUAAAGGAAGCAACAAAUUCUGAGAUAAUUAGGGAGUGGAAGCUAUUGUUUUGUGAAGAACAAAGCAACAAACAAAAGCCACUGAGAUGUACAGAUCAAAAGGAACAGCAAAAAGAUGGUAAAGAAGCUAACAAGAAAGCAAAGCAACAAAAGUCGGGCACCCCCUGUUUGAACCUAAAAUUCCCACAUAAAAGCAAGGAUGCAGAAGAGGAUAUUGAAAAUUUAAUCAAAGACAGUGAUGGAGAAUCAGACUCUGAAUUGUUUGAUCCACUAAGGGGAUCCAUAUUUGAUGAAGCUGAAACUCCGAAGGCUGCAUCACCGAUUGCAACCAGGCACCGGAGUAAGGCUUCCUUUGCUGCAAAUGAUGAAUCAAAUAAUGGGGAGGAGUUUUAUCCUAUUGAUUCGACCAAUUUCGAUGAAGAAAACGAUAAGACGACAAGAAAAAAGAAAGCAUUGUUAAGUAGAUUUACUGAACUUAUAAAGAUAAGAACUUUUAAUUAG